GCCGCGAUCAUGGCCGAUGCCCUGCACGUGUCCCCCGAGUGCGAAGCGCAGGUGGAAUCCUUCAGGAAGAACCUGUGUGCUCAGGCUGAAGAACUUGUUGCUCAACGUUUCCCAGAAAAGAUUGUGGAGCUAAGUAAUUUUUUGAAGGACCCUGAACUGAAUGUCUCGGACCUCAUCUCGCUCCGCGCUGAGUUAGACAUCCCCGUGCCAGACCCCAAGAAGGACGAGGAACGCCGGAAGAAAAAAGAAAAAGAAGGAGACGGGAAGAAAGAGAAGGAUGGCAAGAAAUCGGACGAUGAGGAUAAAGCCCCUCCCUGCGGCCCCGUGGCCCACAACGAGAAGAUCACGGCCCUCCUGAACCGCAUCAAGCCUGAGAUCCAGGGCACCAAGGAGAAGAUAAAUGUGAUCUCUCUGUGGCUGCAGCUUCAGGUUCCCCGGAUCGAGGACGGCAAUAAUUUUGGGGUGGCAGUCCAGGAAAAAGUGUACGAGUUGCUGACUUCCGCUCGAACGAAGCUGGACGGAUUCCAAACUCACAUUGCCAAGUACUAUACUGAACGGGGCGAUGCCGUGGCCAAAGCAGCCAAGGGUCCACACGUGGGCGACUUCCGGCAACUGGUGCACGAAAUCGAUGAAGCGGAGUAUGCCGAAAUCCGAUUCAUGGUCAACGAGCUGCGGAACAUUUACGCUGUAGUCUAUGAUGUUGUCCUGAAGAACUUUGAGAAGAUCAAAAAGCCAAGAGACGAAAACAAAGGGAUGAUCUAUUAAGUGACCAAUCGGAGACCAGGAUAGAAGAGCGUCCCACCUCCCAAGAACGGAAGCUUCCUGUCUUCUUCUCUGCCAGGCAAAUCCCUUCCUCUUACAAAUAAAAGAGAUUUUAAAUU